AUGAGUGGAAGACCAGGAACUCCUUUGCGCCGCACUUCCACUGUUGGACUUUCUCCAACAGACGCAAGCUAUUCGAGAACGCCUAGUCGUGGCUCAAGGCUAGGGGGCUCAGAGCUCAGGACUAAGACUUUGACACCUCAUGGAAGAGCAGCUUUGCGAGAAGUUGAGGCUCGACGAGCAGGAUUGACCCCAGGAAAGGAUAGAAGACGAAGUGGCAGACAGCAAAGGGAAACACCUCGAGACGUAUUGAGAUUAUUGAGCAGGACUUUAGCUCCUCAAACCCGUCCGACAAUUCCAUCACCCCAAAGAGCACCCAGCAAUUCCAGAAGACAGACUUUACUUUUGGAUGAUGACUUUGACGACGAUCCGAAUCUUGUGCCCCCACGACUUUCUAUCCCCCUAGACGAGGACAAUGAUGAAGAUGAUAACGAGGACGAUGAAAGUCUUUUGCUUCCUAGUUUGGCGGCUUUAGAGGAUGAAAAUCUGACCACGCGAUCUAUCGAGCUUUCAAGGAGAGCUGUCACUGAGAGGCCGAGCAGGCUGUUCUCGAGGGGCAGUUUUGGGAGCAUCCGAGGCAGCGAUCAUUUCGGGAACCUGGAUGAGGCAGAAUUUGGACGAGAUGAGAUGGAAACAAGCUUCUUCAAUGCAAAUGAUUUUGAGAAUGAUGAUUUCCGAGAGAUGGCUAACUCUCCAUUUUUUGGGAGUGAUCGCGCAGGAUUACAGGGAGAAUUAGAAACCGCGUUGCAUCGCCGGUCUCUUCUACCAGGGCGAAGUAGUGAUAUCAGACCAUACAAUUCACCGUCCGAGGAAAGGGAUGCGACUUUUGUGUUCACAGUUCCGCAGCCCGAAAUACCAGCGCGAUUUGAUCCUUCGCUAUCACCAGAAGAUAAUCCAACUGCGAUGCCUAUCAUGGACGAAAUUUCUUCCCCUCCUGCCAAUUAUCAAGGAGAUGAUUUUGAAAUGGACGAUGAAGCCAUGGAUGGUGAGAAUGACACUCGCAGACUGUCGGAUCUUGUAAUGGACGAUGAAGCCAUAAACGGUGAAGAUGGCACUCGAAGACUGUCUUUCGGAGCGUUCGAGGACUCCCGUCUUAGUGAUGAUGGACCCCUUACAGCAUCCGUUCAAAAGGCGACAUCAGAAAAUGCUAAGAGGAUAUUCCAGAGGAAGGUUAAUAAGGUUUCAAAACAUGGGCUGAAAUACAAAUCAUUGCCUCUAGGUGUAGUGAAGAAACAUGCGAUCAAUCUGGCAAGGAAUGGAGCCGGCAAAGGAGACAAGUUAAGUGGAGAUGCUCUUGAUGCGAUCAUGCAAGCAACCGACUGGUUCUUCGAACAGAUCAGUGAUGAUUUAAGCACAUACUCUGAACAUGCUGGACGCAAAACCAUUGAUGAGAGUGAUGUUUUAAUGCUGAUGAGAAGACAACGCCAAACCAAUGCUACAACAACGCCAUUUUCACUUGCACAAAGUCGCUUGCCUAGAGAGCUCUUACAAGACGUAAGAAUGGUUCCCCCCUUGAUCUCGAAAGACCGGCCCCGACAAAAACAACCCAGAAAAUGA